CUAAUAUCCAAUAUAUCUCCCUAAUCCCGUUUAAAACCCCCAUUGCUAUCAACACCAUGACUUCCGAAGCCAAAACUAUCGUCGUUGUGGGCGCCACGGGCAACCAGGGCUCCUCGGUGGUACGCACCUUUGCGAAUCUGCCUGGCUGGCAUGUACGCUGUGUGACGCGCAAUGUGUCUUCGCCCGCAUCCCAGGAACUAGGAGGUCUUGGUGCCAGCCUCAUCCAGGCUGACCUGUCCGAUCUCGACUCGUUGUCUGCUGCGUUCGCCGGCGCCCACACCAUCUUUGUCAACACAGAUUUCUGGUGGGCGUACCGGAAGUGCAGCGAGGAUGAUGAAACAAAGAGCAAAGAGUCGUAUGAUCGAGAGGUCCUGCACGGCAAGAACGCUGCUAUCGCGGCGGCAGCGGUGCCGACACUUGAGCGGUUCGUCUACUCGGCGCUGGGGCCGAUGAGGAAGGCGUCCAAGGGGAAAUACACGCAAUCCUUUCACUGGGAGUCAAAGGCUACGAUUGUCAAAUACAUUGAGAAUGAACAACCGGAGCUGUGGAAGAAGACGUCGCUCAUCUAUCUGGGGGCGUAUGCCACCAAUGCUCUGCUCAUGCCAAGGCCUGAUCCGACAACGGGGGCGUACAAGCUGGUGUCACCGAUCAAGGCUGAUAUCAAGAUGCCCAUAAUUGAUACCCGUGGAUCAACUGGUUUGUUUGUCCAGGCCUUGGUAGAACAGGAGAAUGCUGGAACAAAGCUGUUGGCCUACAACAGUUAUCCGACAAUGGAGGAAGUUGCUCGGAUCUGGUCGCGGGUCAUCGGGCAGCCAGUCGAACUGGUGGAAGUCACUACCGAAUUUAUUCACACACAGUUUGGAGUUCCACUGGAAGUACUGGAAGCCCCGAAUUUUCUCAACGAGUUCAGUUACAUGGCCGGCGUGGAUGGCUUCAUAGAGCCAGCCCAGCUAAAGGUCAAGGUCCCGACUCAAUCGUUUGAGGAGUGGCUAAAGGCACGGGGCUGGGAACAGGUUCUGGGGGAUGGAAAAGCCAUGUUGGCGUCUGUCCAGAAGUAA